CCCGUUAUCCCCCCAAUCCCGUGCGUUAUCCAACGCUACCACCUCACUCCCACACUCUCUCUGCCUCUGCGAUUCCGCUACCCUACCACCGCCGCCUACAGAGGAGUCGAACGCGUUCAUGAUACCAGCUAUACGAACGUAGUUAGUCCUGCAACACUUCACAACAACAAAGAUAACUUGACGUGCACAAUAUCAUACGGCCAAGACCCAAGACUUACAGAAGACCAUCCGAACAAGCCAUGUACAGCUCGUACGGCUCCUACAGCGGCAUGUCCGCACCUUUGGACAUCAACCCAAGCACCUUGUCCGUACGCGCCCAGCACGCCAACUGCGCCUUCCCCUCAUGGCCACGACGGUCGUCGCUCUCCGAGUCGGAGAACGAGGAGCGGCCGACAUCCUACCUGUCGGACGAGGACCUGUUCCCCUCGGACCCCUUCGAGGACGACGCGCACAGCGUCUCUAGCGCCGGCAGCGCGUCGCCGCAGUUUCUCCAGUCGCCGCCGCAGCAGAUCACCGAGGCCGAGCUGCUCGACAGGCAGCGCGAGCAUGCUGCCCACCAGCGCGAGGUCAUGCGCUUCCUCAUGGGCGAGAAGGAGCGCCGCCGCCAGGCCGCCAAGAAGCAGCGCCGGUCGUCCAGCAGCAGCAGCAGCGGCUCCAGCUCCAGCUCCGCUAAGAAGAGUCCCAAGAGCAAGCUCAGCGCCAUGACGCCGAUAGCCGAGGCGGAGUGAUCGGGGCUGUCCCGCUAGAAGCGGUACCUGUUUGACAACAUUGCUGAUAUGAAUUCCAAACGAUGGGACAUGUUACCGACGAUCAUCAUUAUUAGCCUCGGAUCUUGUCCGGGAACACAUCGCCAUUAUGGCGAUCACUACCCAAGACCCGCCGUCUUGC